AUGAGUCGGACCGUGACGCGGCACCGGGGGCCCGGCGCUUCCCGGUACCGCAGGGAUAUGGCGGCCAAUCGUGCCUUCGACUACCUUUACGAUCCACUGUACACGCUUUCAAGCGAGAGAGACCAUGCGCAAGCCACCGUCCAGUCCCAUCUGCUGAACGAUGAAAUGAAAAAGUUGCCAAUGUUUAAAGCCAUGUUCAGCAACCUGGUCCACUAUCCACCGUACACCAUGAGGCUGGAGGAGAAAAAUCCUGUUCCCCCCUUCAUCGACCGCAGGUGGAAGGGAAGAGCCCAGCAGCGCCUCGAGGCUCUUCAGAAGCUAGCCAUAUCUCAACCUUCCCUUCAGAUUCCCAGAAUGGAGUAUGAGGAUCCGGAAGUCACGGGAAGGAAUCGCUGGAAGUAUUUUGAAAGACCUUUCAUUCCGUUUCAUCAGCAGAUGCCACUGAACGUUGUUUAUGCAACGGGCAAGCCAGAGCCGUACACCCUUCACACGAUGCCUGGCGAAAGGCCCUCCUACCUCAACUCACAAACCGUUGGUACCCAGACCGAUUACCGGGACAACGAGGCACAGACGGAUCCCUACAGCCCGGAAUACGUGGUGUCUUCAGGAUCCAUCCCAGAGUUACUGACCCUGGCCACGCUCACCUGGGGUCGGGGCCUUCCGGCGACCCAGGCGGAGGUGGAGGUGAUCGAACGGGCGCGGGAGAAGCGGGCUUGGGAGGCGACUCUUCCACCGCUGAGCGACGCCGCGCACAUUGCCAAGAGGAGGAGGAUGAUGGAGGAUAUGGAGGCAAAAGAGUGGGCCUUUAGAGAGGAGGAAAUCGAAGAAUUGCAAGAAGUUAGACUAGGACUUCUCAAGGCUCUGUUGAAGAAGCGGGAAGAGAACCACAACGAAAUGGACGUCAGUCGCUUAGAUAGCCGUUGGUUCAACCUCACGCGGGAGAAAGAAGAGAAAGUGAGAAAGAUUCGCCAUGAACAUAUUAAAGCCAUCAGAAAAAUAAUAGCCAAGGGGAAGAACGUGGAGAAGAAACGGGAGAAGAGAGACAUGAUCAAGGACUACACGGACCACGAAUCGCAGACUUACGCACCCCUGUCUAGAAUCGGCUACUUUCCGGACAACCAUGCCAACCGUUUCAUAGUGAGGAAUCACUACCUCAACACCUAUGACGGGCUGCUGGAACUGGAAGGGUCUCUCCCUGAUGCUGUCACCGAGCCCCGGAUGGAAGCCCCGAAGCCCCGCUGCACUACCACCAAGGAUGGGUUCACGAAGCGGACCGCCAGGCUGGAGAUGGAACUGGCACAAGUCUACCAGAUCCUGCAAGCCAAGAAGAGACAUGUUCCGGAACCCAAGAAGCCGCUUCGCUUCCUCCAGAAGAUAUCCAAGAUGGUCGGCCGCCCUCCGACUCCGACCCUGGACGUCCCUUCCCUGAUAGAGGAAGAGAGAGAGCUUGCUGUGAUCACCCUGCAGAGGUUAAUCCGAGGCAGAGCUGUCCAGAACAUGAUGUUUGAAGGGAAGGAGAAGCGCCUGGAGCUGAUCCAGGAGCUGCGCACCACCCACGCCCUCCAGGAGGACAAGCAGCUCUUGAAGAAAGCCGAGAAGCAAGUGACGCUGGCCUUGCAGCGGCAGCGGGAUUUGCACGAGCACAAGCUGUCCACGAUGGAAAAGCAUUUGGCUCGGGUGGAAGGGAGGGCCAUCGCAAACCUGGUGGACUUCCUGUCCAAAGAGCUCAUCCGGCUCCAGGAAGAGCGGCGGAUCCACGCUUUCGCCAUGCUGGCCGAAAGGCAGCGCAGGAUGUGGGAAGCAGAGGAGAGCGGGCGUCGGCAAGUGGAAGAGAGGCGCCGGCGGGAGGAGGAUGAGAUCUUCAAACAGGUUGUUAACAUACACCAGAGGACGGUCGACUCCUACCUAGAAGAUGUGAUCUUGAACAGCAUGGAGAGGACAGCUGACGAACAAUCCAGAGAAGAGAUUCAGAAAGUGGCCAUGGAGAUCAAUGACGUCGCUUAUGAAAUGGAAAAACGCCAAACCCGCCUGCAGUCAGAGGAGAUAGUGGCCGAACUGGUUUACCGCUUUCUAAUCCCAGAAGUGCAGAAAAUGGCCAUCAAGGAGAAAGUGAGGCAGGCGCAAAGGAAACACAUCCACGCCGCCCAUCAGAUCAUCCACGGGAGUACGCCAACAGCCAUAAGGCCACUGCUUCCCAGAGAGGCAGCGAGCGAAGAGACUCUGGCCGAGGGGCCGAGCCCUCCCACCGCAGUCGGCCCUGGAGACAUUCCGGGGGUGCCCGACCACCCACCUGCCACCACAUCUGAGCUGCAAUCGCCACACCGAGGAGAACACUGCGCACACGACCAUUAA